UAUACAACGAACAAUACCCAGAACUCAUUUUCAGAGCAAGAAGAAGAAGAAAGAGAGAAAAAUGAAGGUAGCAAGGAAAGUAGUUUUCCUUUUCAGAGACUCAGAGGGAUUCGCCUCCGCCAUCUCCGAUGCUCUCCACCCUGACCCUCACUCCUCUCUUCGCCCUCUAGAGGAGUCUUUGGAGCUAUCAUUGGAAAGCUAUGGAAUUAAGGAUCAGAAAGCUUCUGCAAAGAUCCAUCACUAUGUUGAUCCUCAGGGCAAUUAUCAGGUGUCACUGUUUUUAAUGCAAAAUUAUGAGCCACCAGUAUUGGCCUGUGCUGUUGCUGAAAUUUUAUCACAAAUAUCUGGAGAAGAAUCGUCUUCAAUGCCCACACUUAUAGUCCCAUUUGUCCUGGCAUCAUCAAAGCUUAAGUGGGAAAGCAAAACUUUAACAAAAAAUGAAAGCAAAGUUUCAGUUUAUGGAAUACAGAUAGGCCCAGACACAGAUAUAACUCAGGCUAUGGCAACCAGAACCCAGAAGGUGCCAUCAUCAUUGCAGAUUCAUCAUGAACCUCUAGCCUGCCUCCUUCAUUUGGUCCGUGUCUUGAAGUUCCCAACCUUUGUUCUUAUCGGGCAAAGAGGUCGACACCUAUCUGAUAAAGCUAUAGGAGAAGAACUUGAGAUAAUUUCUGAGCUUGGAGAGCUUUUGGCAAGCUCUUCCUGCCUGUGCUUUUCAAGAGACAAGAUCGUGUGGCAACCAACAAAUACAUCCAAGGAGAGUGAGGAGCCUUGGCGUUCCUUAUAUGGUUGAAUCUCGAGUGUUACUAUGCUUUAGAGGGUGAGAUGCAACCUAUCACAUAAGAUGUAUCUGGAAAGAAAUUUAUGGUCAUAUUUUUUGAGAUUCAACCCAGCACAGUGCUUACAAGUAAAAUUUUACUUUUGUAGUGAGACUUAUGAUGUGUUAACAUGACUACAGCAUUAAGCUGGACUAACGGGAGCCUUUAUCUUUAUGUCAACAUCUCAUAUCUUAUCCAGUGUGUUAA